AUGAACCAGACUUAUGGAGAAGAUAUCAAUAAUACUUUACGUAUUUGUAAUGUAGAUGUAAAUGUAUGCUUAUAUAAAAUUCAUGAUGAUAGUGUUAGACCAAAGUAUUUUUUAGACGCAGAUAAUGAGGAUGAAAUAAAAGCUAUACUCUUAGAGUGUAAAGGCCAUUUUUUAUAUAAAAUUAUUGAUGAAGAUGAAUCACUUCAUCCAGUUAUAGAUUUUGAUUUGCCAAUAGAAAUAUUAAAUGCUAUCUCUCCUAAGAUUUCAUACAUCUAG